UGAACAAUGGAUGAUGACUCCAGCAUUCACUCCGUGCCUUCUUCGCUUACUGAGAGCUUAGAGGCCGCAAUGGAAAUAGAAGGACAGUACUCCAGAGUUCUUUCUUUCUCCUGUGUCUCUGACCUUAAAAAUGAAGGAAAAAGCUUUUCUCCUGAUUCUUAUUUAGCAAGUGGUUCUCUUAAGAGGAUUUUAUUGGAACUGGAUCCCUUUCCAAUUGAUUAUGAAAAGGACAUUGUGGAAUUAUUUGAUUUUCAAUGGGUUACUGAAAUUGCUUUAGUUGAAUCUUGUACACUUCUCUUUGGAUUAUUGAGACAAUUUAUAUACAAAUUAGAAAACCUUGUUCGGUCAAGUUCAUCUGAUUUUGGUCAAGCUGCAAACCUUCACUUAGAAGCACAGAAUAUAAGACAAAAAUGUGUUGAGUUCCUGCAAUAUGUGAAAGUUUUCAUCUUCAGGUAUCUGGAGCCACAUGAAACAGAAGAUGAGCUGUUCCAUCCAUAUGAGAAACAAGAAGCACAACUCCCUUCCUUGAUUGUUGAAGAACUCUAUUCUUUGACACUGCAUAUUGGCCACUUACAUGACCUCCCUGCUUGCAUUUUAGAAGGAAACACCAUUCUGCCUCAAGCAAAGUUAUUUCCUCCAUCGUGGCACUUGCUGCAUCUGUGCAUAGACAUUCACUGGUCAGUGUUAGAAAUCCUCCAUCUUCUUGGUGAAAAGAUGCAAAGGCAAACCAUAUAUGCUCACAGGUUUACCAAUUUAACUGGAGAAAAUCUAACCAAUAUCAGUUUGUUCGAAGAUCACUGUGGAAACCUCUUAUAUGAUCUGAUAAGUUUGUCAGUUAAGAAGUAUUCAAAGGUUAGGCUCUCUGAAGCUCUUAUUACUCACCACUAUACUUGUAUCUGUAUAAAAGAGCUGUGGGUCCUGCUUAUUCAUCUGCUUGACCACAGAAAUAAAGCAUCUCUUACAGAGUCUUUUUGGAACUGGCUAAAUAAAAUUCUGAAUAAAGUGUUCGAAAAAAACAAUGGUACUGGUGCAGUGUCUGCUUUUGAAUCAAUUCCAUGCAAGGAUCUACUGAGUUUCAGUUGGUGGAUUAUAACCCACUUGGCUUCACUUUAUCGUAUUGACCGGAAUGGAUAUAUAGAUGAAAAGAAAUCAGUAGAAUCCAACUGGCCUUAUGUUGAAGAUCUGCUGAAACAGUCUGUUAAUAAUCAAGCUGGAAUUUUAGAAGAACAAUUACGGAUGCAUCUUCAGUGUUGCUUGACAUUAAGCCACAUCUGGGAUGUAAAUCUCACUAUUGUCACCAUAGUUUGGGAACAUUACAGCAAAAAUCUGAACAAUCCUUUUACCAUUCCUUGGUUUGGCCUCAAAGGUCUUGCAAAUAUUAGCAAGACACCCUUAUCUAUGUAUGAGUUGAUAAAGAGCUACUGCAGUGAUGUACAUACACCUGACAUGUAUAUAUCCUGCAACAGUUUCCAAUUUUUUCUUCGCAUUUUGGCACAAAUAAUGAAGAAAGCAGGCAAGAUCAAUGGAGUUCAUCCAUGGAAGCAGAUCAAAGGAAGAAUUUAUUCGAAAUUCCACCAGAAAAGAAUGUGUGAACUAACAGAAGUUGGACUUCAAAAUUUCUUGUACCUUUUCCUGGUGCUGGCGGCCUUAGCAGAGACAGAAGAUGUGGCUAGCCGCAUGAUGGAACUUCUGCGUUUCCUCAGCCCCACUUCUACCAGUGUUACCCAGAAAGCUCUCAUCUGGAAAGGGUAUUUUGCUUUCAUCUUAACGUACAUUGACAAGAGCAUGGACAUCGGAAUGCUUGCCGAGCCACUUUCGGUGGCUUUCUGUGAAAAGGCAAAAGAAUUUUUAGUCGCAAGAAAUGACCUCCUGCAGAAACAAAACCAUUGGAUGCUGCUUUCUACGUAUGUUGAUGGGGUCCAAGAAGUUUUUGAAAGCAGCUUAUACCUGAACCUUUCUGAAGAAAAGCUGAUGAGUGAUGGGUUCAGUAUGUUGUUGCCCGGUUGCCGAGGAGCUGAACUGGCCGCUGUGUUAAACUUCCUGCAAGCUGUUUUGUUCAGGCUGAGAACAGCACAUAAGCAGUUAAACCAGGGACCCAACGCACAGCCUUCAUCGGUGGCGAAAGAGCACCACCUUGCUGUCGCCAAAGCUCUCUGGAGAAAUUUCUUUCCCUACUUGAAGGGCCAGAGGAUGUUGGAGUCUUCCCCUCCUCAGCUUGCAGAUACCGCUGCAGGUUUGACUCUGUUAGCUCUGGAUUUACCCAGCACAUGUACAUCAGAUCUCCAACCUCAGCCAGUUAUAUCUAUGAUGCAGUUGUUUGGAUGGGAUGACAUGGUUUGCCCACAGCUGGUUUCAAGGUAUCUAACUCACCUGAUACAAAAUAGUGCCCUGGCUGAAGCUCUUACUGGCAUGGGUCAUUCAUCUUACCAAUCCUUGUUUGUUCAGUCAUGGUUUCGAUGCAUUUUACAAAUGUUUAUCAAUCAGCCUCCUGAGACUUUGAUCAGAACAGAUGCUGACCAGACUACUAAUAAGGCUUAUAUGGAACAACUGACUGAACUUACAAGAUUGAUAUUCAAACUACCAGAAAUAAUAACUAUCUUCUCAAGGGCUCACUUUGAUGAGCCAGUCUACAAACAAGAUCCUAAGGAGGCUGUUUUCCGAUUCAUUGAGGCUGUUGGAAAAACCUACAGUGGACUUCAGCAUCUGCCUGAAAAAUCAGCCAUGGUGACAAAGGCAUUAGAAUAUCUUGGUGAUAUAUUAAAAUAUGUAAAACCCUAUUUAAUAAAGAAAGGCCCGGCAGAAGGACUCCAUCUCACUUACAAGAUAAUAGGAUGCCUUGUGAAAUCCUGGGCAGCCAUAUUGGCUACUUCCAAAGCACAGCCCCUCUUGUUCCGUAUUAUAGAUUGCUUGCUUUUGCCCCAUGCUGUGCUUCAGCAGGAUAAAGGACUGCCUGCAGUGAUGUUGGCUGCCAUUCGUGAGAAUCUCCCAUUUUUCCUUCAGGGCUUGUCCUUUAUUUGUUGCCAUUGCCAGUCUCAAACUCAGAGUGCCUAUUUGAACCAAUUGCUACGGGAUGUGAUUCGCCAGUAUUUGGGGCGCUUUCUUCUUCAGUCAUCUCGAGCAGGACAUCAUCCCCUCUUGCUGGCAUUGUGCAGUUCGGCUGCCACUCCAGAAGCCGCACAUCUACACAAGACCUCUGUCCAAGUCAUCAGUGAAAAUUAUCUACAGUUCAAAGGUAACGCCCCUCCUUCUCGCCUAGGAUCAGUUUUAGCUUUCACUCUUGAAGCACUGCAAAGGACCAAAAGCAUUGAGAUAUGGGAUGUUGAGACAUUGCUGCCUUCUGUGUUAAAGUGCCUCGUAUUGGUUAAUGAGCCACAAGUUAAAAAACUCUCUACGGAGAUACUGCAGUACUUGGUAGAAGGCUGCCAAGCAAGGCCAGGAGGUGAGCUUGCCACCCAGCUGAUUUCUGUGUUUAGGCAGUUUAUUCAAGAUUACACUACUGUGUAUGAUAAUCAGGUUUAUAGCAUCUUGGAAACAGUAGCUGUUCUGGACCAGUCUCUGGUGAUCCAUCUGAUUCCGGCUAUGACCGAGGCCUUGAGGAAUUCAGAGUAUAAACAAGGCCUUGGCAGAAACACCUUGCAAAGAGAAGCCUACAAAAGACUUUUAUCUCACCUCACAGAGGCUGGACACAUGGAGAUACUGAAACUGGAAAAUGAGUCCUAUUAG